AUGUGGCGUCGCGUGGCGCAGCCCCUGGCCGCCGCGGCGCUGCCGGCGGCCGUGGCCGUGCAGCGGCAGGGCGCGCACUGUGAGACCUGGUCCAACAAGAAGAAAGGCUGUCCUACAGCACAUCCAGUGCAGCCGAAGUCGCCCGUGCCCUCGGACAUCGACAUCGCCCAGUCGGUUCAGCCUGUGCCCGUGAAGCAGGUCUUCUCAGGCGCGUUUGGCCUGAAAGACGAGGACGUCUUCUCCUACGGGCCCUACAAGGGGAAGAUCAACUUAAACAUCUGGGACCGACUCAAAGACAAACCCAACGGCCACUACGUCGUGGUCUGCGGCAUCAACCCGACCCCUCUGGGCGAAGGCAAGUCCACGACCACCGUGGGUCUCUCCCAGGCAUUGGGUGCCCACCUGGGCCAGAAGGUGCUGACGAACAUCCGCCAGCCCUCCAUGGGUCCGACCUUCGGGAUCAAGGGAGGCGCUGCUGGAGGCGGAUACGCCCAGUGCUUCCCUAUGGAGGAUUUCAAUCUCCACAUGACGGGUGACAUUCACGCCAUCACGGCGGCGCACAACCUCUUUGCUGCCGCCAUCGACACCCGGUACUACCACGAGCAGCUGGGCAGAAAGCAAUCGAUUUAA